GGAAGGAAAGAAAAGGGAGACCCACUGAAUAUAGCGAUCGACAAGAUGACCAAGAAAACGAGAGAUCUACGAAGACAGCUCCGGAAAGCGGUGAUGGAUCAUAUCUCUGAUUCCUUCCUCGAGACCAACGUUCCGUUACUGGUUCUCAUUGAAGCAGCAAAGAGUGGUAAUGAGAAAGAAGUGAAGGAAUACGCUCAAGUGUUCCGUGAACAUGCAAACAAGUUAGUGGAGGUUGCCAAUCUGGCGUGUUCAAUUUCCAAUAACGAAGAGGGUGUAAAAUUAGUCCGUAUGGCAGCAACCCAGAUUGAUAGCCUGUGCCCACAGGUAAUAAAUGCGGCCCUGACGUUAGCAGCCAGGCCACAGAGCAAAGUCGCCCAGGACAACAUGGAUGUCUUCAAAGACCAAUGGGAGAAGCAGGUGCGGGUCCUCACUGAGGCGGUGGACGACAUCACUUCGGUGGACGAUUUCCUCUCUGUCUCAGAAAACCAUAUUCUGGAGGAUGUCAAUAAGUGUGUGAUUGCACUUCAAGAGGGAGACGUAGAUACAUUGGACAGAACCGCCGGGGCGAUCCGAGGCCGCGCGGCCAGAGUCAUCCAUAUCAUUAACGCUGAGAUGGAAAACUACGAAGCCGGCGUUUACACAGAGAAAGUGCUAGAAGCGACGAAGUUGCUUUCUGAAACAGUUAUGCCACGUUUUGCUGAACAAGUCGAAGUGGCCAUUGAAGCUCUGAGUGCGAACAUCCCGCAGCCAUUUGAAGAGAACGAGUUCAUAGACGCCUCCCGCUUGGUUUAUGAUGGAGUUCGUGACAUCCGGAAAGCUGUUCUGAUGAUAAGGACUCCCGAAGAGCUGGAAGAUGACUCUGACUUUGAGCAGGAAGAUUAUGAUGUUCGCAGCCGGACAAGUGUGCAGACAGAAGAUGACCAGCUGAUCGCGGGCCAGAGCGCAAGAGCAAUCAUGGCGCAGCUUCCGCAGGAGGAGAAGGCUAAGAUAGCUGAGCAGGUAGAGAUAUUCCACCAAGAAAAGAGCAAACUGGAUGCAGAAGUGGCCAAGUGGGACGACAGUGGCAAUGAUAUCAUUGUACUUGCUAAGCAGAUGUGCAUGAUCAUGAUGGAAAUGACAGACUUCACAAGGGGGAAAGGACCAUUAAAGAACACGUCGGAUGUCAUUAACGCGGCCAAGAAGAUCGCAGAAGCAGGUUCGAGGAUGGACAAAUUGGCCCGUGCUGUAGCCGAUCAGUGUCCUGAUUCGGCCUGCAAGCAAGACCUUUUAGCCUACCUCCAGCGCAUUGCCCUUUACUGUCACCAGCUCAACAUCUGUAGCAAAGUGAAGGCGGAAGUCCAGAACUUGGGAGGCGAACUUAUCGUGUCUGGGCUGGACAGUGCCACGUCACUCAUCCAAGCAGCUAAAAACCUGAUGAAUGCCGUGGUCCUCACUGUAAAAGCUUCAUACGUGGCUUCGACCAAAUAUCAAAAAGUCUAUGGCACAGCUGCUGUCAACUCGCCGGUUGUGUCUUGGAAGAUGAAGGCGCCGGAAAAGAAACCGUUAGUCAAGAGAGAAAAGCCGGAGGAAUAUCAGACAAGAGUGAGAAGAGGGUCUCAGAAGAAACAUAUUUCUCCCGUACAGGCUCUAAGUGAAUUUAAAGCGAUGGAUUCCUUUUAAUUCACUAGGCUUCACCACGAAGGGUUUUCUAUUUCUUUCCUUGUUUUUUUUGUAUGCAUACCUGCCGACUUGUAUGCGUCUGGCAUGGGGGAACCAAGAUAAAUGAAGCAGUGUCAAUAUGCAUGCAACCUGAGACUCUAUUAAAAGUCCUUAAGCAAUCUGCAGUUUCUCUUCCCGAAAGACACACCGUGUUUCUUGUGUUAAAAUGGAGGUCUGUUACGCUGACCUCUUUUCCCACAAUGGCCAAAAGCGACAAAAUCGUGGCCACCCAAAAAUGGUGUCGGGAGACCAGGGUGGAGGAAGGGCACCUCAGUCAGCGCGGACGGAC